AAAACUUCAGAGGCAUUAGGAGAUGGCAGACGGUGAGGAUAUUCAGCCCCUUGUCUGUGAUAAUGGGACAGGAAUGGUUAAGGCUGGAUUUGCCGGAGAUGAUGCUCCCAGAGUUGUAUUCCCAAGCAUCGUUGGACGACCUCGUCACAACGGAGUGAUGGUGGGUAUGGGUCAGAAGGAUGCAUAUGUUGGUGAUGUGGCCCAAUCAAAGAGAGGUAUUUUGACUCUCAAGUACCCCAUUGAACAUGGAAUUGUUAGCAACUGGGAUGACAUGGAAAAAAUAUGGCAUCAUACCUUCUACAAUGAACUGCGUGUGGCUCCAGAAGAGCACCCAGUGCUCCUGACAGAAGCUCCUCUUAAUCCUAAGGCUAAUAGUGAGAAGAUGACGCAGAUCAUGUUUGAGACCUUUAACACCCCUCCCAUGUAUGUCGCUAUUCAGGCAGUUCUUUCCCUUUAUGCAGUGGGCGUACAACAGGAAUUGUUCUGGACUCUGGAGAUGGAGUCAGCCACACAGUUCCUAUCUAUGAAGGCUAUGCCCUUCCCCACGCAAUCCUACGUCUUGAUUUGGCCGGACGUGACCUCACUGACCACCUGAUGAAGAUUCUAACAGAGAGAUGCUACACUUUCACAACUACUGCAGAGCGUGAAAUUGUGAGGGAUGUGAAGGAGAAGCUAGCCUACAUUGCUCUUGACUAUGAGCAGGAACUAGAAACAUCAAAAACCAGUUCGGGUAUUGAAAAGUCAUAUGAGCUGCGCGAUGGGCAGGUGAUCACCAUCGGUAAUGAGAGGUUCCGUUGUCCGGAGGUUCUGUUCCAGCCAUCCAUGAUUGGGAUGGAAGCUGUUGGCAUUCAUGAAACCACCUACAAUUCCAUCAUGAAGUGUGAUAUAGAUAUUAGAAAGGAUCAUGAAGUGGGACCACUAUGUUCUCGGGCAUCGCUGACCGGAUGAGCAAGGAGAUCAAUGCAUUGGCUCCAAGUAGCAUGAAGAUCAAGGUGGUUGCUCCACCUGAGAGGAAGUACAGCGUGUGGAUUGGAGGAUCCAUUUUGGCCUCUCUAAGUACAUUCCAACAGAUGUGGAUCGCAAAGGCAGAGUAUGAUGAGUCAGGGCCCUCUAUUGUUCACAGAAAAUGCUUCUAAAUAGUAAAUACCCAUACCCCCCGCCCCUCUUGUUUUUCUCCCUGUUUUUUUUAUUUACUUCUAUGCAUUUUUUUUGGUGAUUUGAUAAGUGGACAUAGAAACAAGUCAUCCAAAGUGUUUAUUGUAAUUUAUUUUUCAUCUUUGUACAAGUCUACACGUGUUGUGUUCCUUUAGAUGUUAAUGUUAUCUCGAAAAAGGCUUUUUUGAC